AUGAAGUUUCUAAGUCUUAUAUUAUUGGCCACGUCAGCGACUGCUCGAUUCACCGAUGAUUUGUACCAAGUUUUGGCCAAAAAUAAUGCCAACAAGAAUCUUAUAUCCUCGCCUCUUUCCGUCGAUAUUGCCUUGAGUAUGGUCUACAUGGGAGCUGGGGGAAAGACAGCCCAAGAAAUGAGGAGCGUCUUAAAAUUGCCCGCGGAUAAAAAGGAAGUGGCGCGUAAAUACAAGGAAUUUUUGACAAAGCUCGAAGGUCGCGAGAAGGUGGCCAUCCUAGAUCUGGCCAACCGUAUAUACGUGAACGAUAACUUUACUAUAGUUCCGGAGUUCAAUCAGGUGGUCAAGGACUCCUUUAAGGCCGAAGCGGAGGCUAUCAACGUAAAAGACUCUAAAAAAGCCGCUUCGAUCGUCAAUAAGUGGGUGAACGAUCAGACGCGCAGCAGGAUCAAAUCCAUUGUUUCGGAUCAAGAUAUAGAUUCGGAUUUGAGAAUGAUUCUCUUAAAUGCAAUUUACUUCAAGGGUCAGUGGCAGCUCGCUUUCAACCGUAAACAGACCAAAGAGGUUGAUUUCAGAACUGCUGAUAAGCAAACCGUUCCUGUCCAGAUGAUGAGGGUAUUUGGCUCAUUUAGGGCUGGAUAUGUUAAGGAAUUGGAUGCCAAAGUGAUCGAGCUUCCUUACCGGAACUCAAGCCUCUCCAUGGUUAUCUUUUUGCCGGAAAAAGUCGAUGGUUUGCAAGAAAUGGAGAGGAAGAUCGCAGGCUUCUCCCCAAGUCUGAGUGUGCAAAAGGUGGUUUUGAAGCUACCAAAGUUCAAAGUCGAAUUCUCCGCAGAGCUAGAAGAUAUUCUUUUGACGAUGGGCAUUCAAGAAGCAUUAUCUGAUGAUGCGGACUUUGGAGGCCUGGUAAAAUCUUCAAAAGCCAAGAUCAGUAAAGUCAUACAAAAGGCCUUCAUUGAGGUUAACGAAGAGGGUGCCGAGGCAGCAGCUGUAACAGGCCUAAAAAUGGUAGUCCCUUUAAGCGUUAAACUCAAUGAGCCACCUCCCUUGGAGAUUAAUGCUGACCAUCCGUUUGCCUACGUCAUUCGUGAUAAGGACACCAUUUACUUUCAGGGACACUUCGUAAGACCGGGAAAAUAAAGUACCAUUUCCUCUGGCACAUUUGUGAAUUAAUUGUUAAUAAAUAUGGGGAUUAAA